GACAAGAGAAGAGAAGACCAAAGAAGGAGAGAUUAUAAGCAUUAUGCCACUUGGCUACAGUGAAAUAUUUUCUAGACAAUUUCAUACAGGAGUCACCAGCUACUGUGCCAUCUUUCCCAUUGCCCAUCGAUCUGAUUGGGGAGAAGAAAUUGCCAAGAGGGCAGAAGAGUCUGUUCAUCUGUGAUGUGCAUCGGUAGAUCAGACUCACCACGUCCCCUUUAAGCUGCUGCAUUUGCUCAUCAUUGCUAUCCAGUUCAUCGUGACAGUUACAUACAAAAUCCAGCAGGCAAAAGAUGCCAGUGAUCAAUAUUGAGGACCUGACAGAAAAGGACAAAUUGAAGAUGGAAGUUGACCAGCUCAAGAAAGAAGUGACACUGGAAAGAAUGCUGGUGUCCAAAUGUUGUGAAGAAGUAAGGGAUUAUGUUGAAGAGAGAUCUGGGGAGGACCCCCUAGUAAAGGGCGUACCAGAGGACAAAAAUCCCUUCAAGGAGCUCAAAGGAGGCUGUGUGAUUUCAUAAAGAAAAAAAAAAAAAUCUUGGAACAUCUUGAGCUUUAAUGUCAAUACUAAUUUGGGGUCAUAUGUUAUACUACUG